AUGAUAAUAGAAAUAGAUUUAAUGUUAAUAGGUAUGAAUAAGAUAACCACAAAUAAUUUAAACAAAAGGGAUUAUAACAAUAAUAAUAAUAGUAAUAAUAAUAAUAAUAGAGGAUACAAUAAUAGAAAAAAUGAUGAUAAUAGAUAUGAUAAUGAUAAUAGAAAUGAUAACUAUAGGAACUAUAACAAUAACAAUAUGAAUAAUAAUAAUAAUAGUAAUAAUAUUAAUAAUAAUAUAAAUAAUAAUAUAAAUAAUAAUAAUAUAAAUAGAGAUUAUAAUGAUAAUAAUAGAAAUGAUAAUAACAAUAAUAAUAAUAACAAUAAUAAUAAUAAUAAUAGUAGAGAUACUGUGGCACCUGGUAGAGAAAGAGAAAGAGAAAGAGAUAGAGAUACCUCCACUGAUUCAUUUGGUUUAACAUAUAAUAGUGUUAAUAAUAACAUCAAUAGUAAUAACAAUAAUAGCAAUUGGGAUAAUAGAAAAAUGAAAAUAGAUUGGGAUCAACAAACUGCUGAUUCCCCUUUAAAAAGAAGGAAAAAGGAAGAUGAAGAAUUAGAAAAUGAUAAAUUCAACCAACAAUCAUUUGGUCAUAAUCAAUAUAAAAGGAAUGGUUCAUACAACAGAACGAAGUCUAGGUCACCUUCACCCCCUAUCAAUAGAAAUAAUAAUAUUAAUAGAAAUAGCAGUAGUGGAAGUGGAAGAGUAUAUGCUACUACCAGUUCUCCUCAAAGGAUUGAUAAUAGAGAUUCACAAUCAAAAUAUUCGCCCACCUAUCAACAACAAAUUACUAAUGAGAUUAGAGAUACUUCUUCAUUAUUACCAAUAAAUACAAAUAAUAAACCACAACAACAACCACAACAACAACCACAACAACAACAACAACAACAACAACAACAACAACAACAACAACAACAACAACAACAACAACAACAACAACAACAACAACAACAACAACAACAACAACAACAACAACAACAACAACAACAACAACAACAACAAUAUCAAAAUAAUAAUAAUAAUAAUAAUAAUAAUAAUAAUAAUAAUAAUAAUAAUAAUAAUAAUAAUAAUAAUAAUAAUAAUAAUGUAGGUUCCCCUGCUUCAACUAAUUCUGUUACAUCAAUAACACCAACUUUAGAAUCUACAAUAAGUAAACUUGAAAAUUCUUCAUUAAACACUCCAAAAAUUGAGCCAUCUGCUACAAAUACUACAAAUUCAAAUACCAACAAUCAAUUAACCAUCACUACCGCCACCACAACAACAACAACAAAUGAAAUUAUUGGUGAUUCACCAACUGUACAAAAUAAUAAUAAAACAACAACAACAACAAAUAAUGAAGAAAUAAUUGCAACACCUUCUAAACCAAAACUUCAAUUUGGUUGGGGUAGAGGUUUAGCAUCUGUAGAAAAGAAACCUGAAAUUACAAACUCUACCAAUGAGACCGAUACUGAUGCAAAAGUAAUAAUGUCAUCUUUAACUGGUGGUGAUUCUCAAUCACCCUCAAUAUCAACCUCCACUAUUUCUUUAGCACCUUCUUCAACCCAACAAGAAACUUCUUCACCUCUUUCAUCUGAUACUCCUUUAAUAACAAAUGUACCUUUUAAUCAAAAUAAUAAUAAUAAUAAUAAUAAUAAUAAUAAUAAUAAUAAUAAUAAUAAUAAUAAUAAUAAUAAUAAUAAUAAUAAUAAUAAUAAUAAUAAUAAUAAUAAUAAUAAUAAUGAUUCACAAUCACAAUCCAAUAACUAUAACAAUAACUAUAAUAACAAUAACAAUAACAAUAAUUAUAAUAACAAUUUAAAUAAUAAUAAUAAUAAUAAUAAUAUACCGCCUUUAUCAUUAUCAAACUCACCAGGUUUGGUAAAUAUUCAAGGUAAUCAAAACUACCAACAACAAUUACAACAACAACAACAACAAUUACAACAACAACAACAACAACAACAACAACAACAACAACAACAACAACAACAACAACAACAACAACAACAACAACAACAACAAUUUCAGCAACAACAAUUACAACAACAGCAAUUUCAACAACAACAACAACAAUUACAACAACAAAUUGAAGAACCACAAUAUGUCUGUUAUCCAUCAUAUCCAACUAAAGAACAAGUAUUAUUUAGAAUUGAAUCAAUUGAGAUUGAAAUGUCAAAUACAGAGAGUGAUAUUACCUCAAUAAAUAAUUCAUUGACAAAGAUGGAACAAUUAUUACAAAAGUAUAAAAUUAAGGAUGAGAAAUUGGAACAACAUAAUUUACAACAAUUACAUCAACAAAAGAUGGAAGAGAAAAGAGUUAAACAAUCAAAACUACAGCAACAACAACAAUUUUCAAAUCAAACUCAAACACCACAAUCUGUGGAACAGUCAAUCUAUGAAGAGAAUAGAGAUAUUUCAAAAUUAACUCAUUCUAAAAUAUUCUUUCAAAAUUCUUUAAGAGCUUAUGAUCCAACAAAUAAUAAUAUUAAUGUUGGUCAAAAACAAAAUAAUAUUAAAAAAGAAAAUAUUAAAAAAGAAAAUAUUAAAAAAGAAAAUGGAAAAGAUGAAAAUGAUAAUAAUGACAACGACAACAACAAUAAUAAUAAUAAUAUUGAACCAUUACCAACUAGAGAGAAAAUUUGUACAAAUAUUACAGAUUUUCAAUGUUAUAAUGAUAAUAUUCAAUCGCAUUCAUUAAUUAGGGAUAAUAUGAAAAAAUUAUUAAAGAAAAGACAUAAAGAAUUACUUAGAUAUAAUAAGAAACAGGUUAAAAUAUUCAAAGCAUCAAUUGAUACAUUUAGAAAGAAAUUGGAUAAAAUGGAAGAGGAGCAUAAUAAACAAUUAGAGGCAAAACAACAACAACAGCAACAACAACAGCAACAACUACAACAACAACAACAACAACAACAACCAAGACAAAGGAAGUCAGGUAGACCAAAUUUAAGAUCAAACGCACAAACUAAUAAUUUAAUAAGUAAUGGUACUGGAUCAACAAGUUCAACAAGUUCAACAAGUUCAGCAAGAAAUGUUUUAACUAGACGUGGUACAAUUACAUCUGAUGUUGCAAGAUCUGAUGCUGAAUUCAAUGAGAUUAUGGAUCGUCUAAAGGAACAAGAUGCACAAGAUCCAAAUUGUAAAUAUCAACAAGGUGUAGCUAUAAUACCACCAAUGUUAUCACCAGAGGAAAGAAAUAUUCAUUAUAUCAAUCAUAAUGGUUUCAUAGUGGAUCCAAUCGCUCAAGAGAAACAAAGGAAAUCUCUAAUCAUUUGGACUGAGGAUGAGAAACAAAAGUUUGUUAAAAAGUAUUUACAAUAUCCUAAAAAGUUUUCAAAGAUUGCCUCUUUCUUUGAUAAUAGAACCACUGAAGAUAUGAUUGUGUUUUAUUAUAAUAAUAAGAAAACAUUGAAUUUGAAACAACUCCUUUUCGAAGCUCAAUCAAAGAAAAGAGGUAGAAAAUCAAAUGUUUUCGAUCCACUCAAUUAUAUUGUCACUGAUAAAAGUGGUUUAAAUUUUAUGGGUGAACCAUCAUCCAUUACAACUAAUAAUAACUCGACAACAAUAAUAACGACAACAACAUCAUUAGGUAGUAACAGUACAACUAAUUCACCUGUAUUAGCUCCAAAAACUGGUGCUAAAAGAGGUCCAAAAGCAAAAGUUGUAAUUUCUACUGCAAAUCUAUCAAGAAAUAAUAAUCAAAAUAACUAUGAUUCUAAUAGUACUAAUAAUACCAAUAAUAAUAAUAAUAAUAAUAAUAACAAUAAUAAUAAUAAUAAUACUACUAAUAAUAAUGACAAUAAUAAUAAUACCACAACUACCAUUACAUCUUCAUCUGCUCCAAUACUGGGUGAAAAUAAUGAUUUAGAAAUUACUUCAUCCUCUCCAUUUUUAUUAGCAACUAGUAAUUCAGUACCUACUACACCAAGGUUAACAACACGUGAACAAACUAUUAUGGCAACAACUGCUUCAAUACAUUUAUCUCCAAAAUCUCCUCAAUUAUCGUCAUCAUCACCAUCAUCUUCCUCUCAACAACAACAACCACCACCCUCAUCACCAUUGAUUGGUUCAUUAUAUAUAGGUGAUAAAGAAUACAACAAUAAGGAUAAAGAGAGCGAAAAUUUAAGAUGGACUGAACAUGAAAGAGAACUAUUUAAUAUUGCCGUUCAAAAACAUGGUACUCAAUUUAAUUUAAUUGCUGAUUAUGUUCAAAGUAAAACUGGUGCUCAAUGUAGAAGUUUCUAUUAUAACUCAAAAAGAAAAUCAAGAUUGGACUCAUCUACGUCAUCUUCAUCAUCAUCAUCUUCAUUACACCAUCCAACUAUUAAUAGUUCUUCAUCUUCUUCUUUUUCAAAAGAAAAAGAUAAAGAUAAAGAAAAGUAA